GUUUUAAUAAUACGGAUUAAUAUUUAAUAUUUAUAGUUUUGAGACGUUUGCGUCGAACGCGUGCGUAAUGACGCAACUAAGCACUCUCUUCUGACAUAAUCCAAGAUGGCAGCCACCAUUGGAAGACUACUCAGGACCUCUGCACAGGUUGCAGCAGCAGGACUGAAAGUCACAGCAGCGAGUCGACAUGGAGUCCCUGCACUUCAGAGAGCAUGUUUCUCCACCAGCUCUUGCCGAUGGGCUGCUGCUGUCACUCAGCCUGCUCCUGCUUUUAAGGCCACAGCUGUGCAGAAUGGGGAGUUUAAGGAGAUGAGCCUUGCUGAUUUCAAGGGAAAAUACCUGGUCCUUUUCUUCUACCCACUGGAUUUCACCUUCGUUUGCCCAACAGAGAUCAUUUCCUUCAGUGACAAGGCGAACGAGUUCCACGACGUCAACUGUGAGGUGGUGGGUGUUUCUGUGGACUCCCACUUCACCCACCUGGCGUGGAUCAACACCCCACGCAAGACUGGAGGUUUGGGCCACAUCCACAUCCCCCUGCUCUCAGACCUCACCAAGCAGAUCUCCAGGGACUAUGGGGUCCUGCUGGAGGGUCCAGGCAUCGCACUGAGGGGCCUGUUCAUCAUUGAUCCAAACGGCGUGGUGAAGCACAUGAGUGUGAACGACCUGCCGGUGGGCCGCUGUGUAGAGGAGACCCUCCGUCUGGUGAAGGCCUUCCAGUUUGUGGAGACCCACGGCGAAGUGUGUCCGGCCAGCUGGACCCCUGACUCCCCAACGAUCAAACCAACCCCACACGGAUCCAAGGAGUACUUUGAAAAAGUCAACUGACCAAAGUUCACAACGCUCUCAGCUUAAAAACAGUGAAUGGUAGAAAUCUGAAAACAAAUGAAACACUCUUAGUUUACAGUUUGUAAAGUUGUAUUUACUCAUACACAGCUGAAUAAACAAAUAAAUCGAUUCUCUCUCAGAACGACA